AUGGCAGGAACGAUUCGGCGGGAAACGCUCGACGAGACGCUGGACGCUAUUGUGGAACACGAUGUCCACCAUUUACAAUAUCAUGUGCCUGCAGGACUGUCGCUUGCGGAGGUUCGUAAGGAGAUGGACACUCGACAGAUUACGAUCUCAGCACUUUCUGGGACUUACAACAUGAUUGAUCCCGAUGUUGCGAAACGACACGCUGGAUUGCAGAUGUUGCGCUCUGUCGCAGCGCAAUGUGCUCCGAUGGGUACAUCGGUGAUUACGAUCUGCACUGGCUCGCGUGAUCCGGAUAGCAUGUGGCGCGCGCACCCUGAUAACAAUACACCAGGAGCAUGGCGUGAUCUCGUUGAAUCUAUGAAGCAGGCACUGGAAGUCGCCGAGGAAUACGAAGUGACGCUCGCACUUGAACCCGAAGUGGCGAAUGUGGUCGAUUCCGCACAGAAGGCACGUCGUCUGAUUGAUGAGAUGCAAUCACCGUACCUGAAGGUUUGUAUGGACGGCGCGAAUAUCUUCCACAAAGGUGAACUGCCGAAGAUGCGCGAAAUCCUCGAUGAGGCGUUUGCACUGCUUGGGGACGAUAUUGCAUUGGCACACGCGAAAGACUUGGAUCGCGACGGACAGGCGGGACACCUCGCCGCUGGGACAGGGUUGUUGGACUAUGAUCAAUAUCUCGGUCUGCUAAAGGAGAGUGGUUAUGACGGCGGGGUAGUGUUGCACGGGUUGUCGGAAGAGCAGGUGCCUUAUUGUACAGGGUUUUUGCGUGAGAAAAUCGCUGCGCUGUAG